CAGCGCUCCUUCUCUAUCUGAAACCACACAACAGCCAUGGGGUGCAGCAGUAGCAAGCCCAAGACCGACCCGCAUGGCCCCUCGACCGGGCGCUACAAUGAGGCCAACUACUCGAAUCUCGCAGCCAACGUGAACAACGGCAACUUCUCGGCGCCGCAAAACGGUAACCAGCCGCGUCGCUCUGUGCCUGCCCCGCGCAACCAGCGCAACGGCAACCUGGGUGCUUCCCAAGGUGGCAACCAUGCGGAUUCGGACAAUUGUUUCCCAGAGCUGGUCAAGUUCCGACUAGAUGAGAGCGAAGUACUACUGACUCGCAAGGUCUCCAGCGGCGCGUUUGGUGUCGUGUGGCUGGGUCACUACCAUGGCCAGCCUGUGGCCGUCAAACGCAUGAUUGACGGGGAGGACGAGGCAGUCUCCUUCUCCCGCGAGAUUGAGACCAUGUCCCGACUGUCGCAUCCUAAAAUCGUGCGCUUCAUCGGCUGCACUUGGACCAACAAGAAGGACCUGGGUGGCGUCUCCGAGUACAUGGACGGCGGUGACGUCCGCACACUGCUGGAAACCCGUAAGAUCGAGCUCAGCUGGAAGAAGGAGAAGAUUUCUAUUGCCAUUGACAUCGCCGAGGCUCUUGCCUACAUGCACUCACGUUCGCCCAAGAUUAUCCACCGUGAUCUCAAGUCGCGGAACGUGCUACUGAAUUCGAGUAUGGUGGCCAAACUGAGCGACUUCGGACUCAGUCGUAACCGAACAUACGAGGAGACUCUGACUGCCGGUGUCGGUACGGUGCGCUGGACUGCCCCCGAAGUGAUGCUGGGCGACAACUACAGUGAACAGGCCGACGUGUACUCGUUCGGUGUGGUGCUGAGUGAACUGGACACGCGUGAGAUCCCGUUCGAAGAGAAGAGUAGCAAGACUGGAGCUGGUGGUGCUCCUGACAUGGCCAUUGUGAUUAAGGUGGCCAAGGGCGAGUUGAGACCAAGCUUCGCGCCCGACUGUCCUGACGUGAUUUUGCGUAUUGCCCGUGCCUGUCUGCAGUUCGACCCGGCACUUCGUCCGGACAGCGAGUCGGUUGUGCAGAUGCUCAACGACGCGCGUGUGCAGCUCCAGGCGAUGUCGUAA